CACCCACCAUCCCUUCUCUACCAAACCACCAGCAACCAUGUCUCGCCGUGGCGGCGGAAGCUGCGCGGCGUCGGCGUCGCUGGCACGGUACAUCCCGAGGGCCCUGCGGGGACGGAAGAAGCAGCAGCAGCACGGCCAGGCGUACCUCAUGGGGGGACGGCGGCGGGCGCCGGACGGGUACGCGGCGUCGGUCGAGCUCAGCGCCAGCAGCGGCAGCACGUGGCCGGCGGACUCCGUGGUGCGGGUGGUGCUCUGGAGCGGCAUCGUCGAGGUGUACGCCGGCGUGGUGCUCGCCUGCGCCGUCGUCGGCAACCACCCGCCGGGCCUCUGCCUCGCGCACCCGGACGUCUUCCGCAACCCGCACGGCGCCACCGUACGGCCGCUCGAGCCGCUGUUUCCCGGCCAGAAGGUGCUGCUGCUGCCCGAGACCACCGUGCGGAAGCUCCAGCGCGACAUACCCGAGGGCUCCGUCGGGGCCAACCCCGACCACGACGACGGCCGCGACGAGGAGGAGGCGGCGGCGUCGUCCAGUGACGACGCUGACAUGUCCUCGUCGUCGUGGUCCGGGGAGGAGCGCGAGGCGACGCCGGAGAGAUGCUGCGCGAGGGACUACUUCGUCAACCAGGAGUGGUGGGCAGAGUGGCAGUUCAAGAGGAUGGUGGCCCGCGGGCUCGCCGUCAAGAACGAGGGCGCCGCCGGGCCGGCGAAGAAUGACAAGAAGAGGCGGAGGAAGACGAAGCAGACGGACGGCACGCCGGAUGCCGCGGCCGGCACGGGGUGCAAGAACUCCGGCAGGAUAUCCCAGGCGCAGAAGUGGACGAGGUCCUGGGAGCCCAGCCUGCCGUCCGUGGACGAGGACGAGGAGGACGCGACGUCGACCCCUUCAUCGGAGGCGGCGGCGAGGACCGACCACGAGUCGGCAUGAGCUCAUCGAUCGAUCUUGUCCAUAUGGUCGAACGUGCACAUAAUGGUGUUCCGGGCAGCUUAAGCUGCAUGCACAGCGUGUAUCCUGGUAUAUAACCAUGGAUUUGUGUCCAUAUACCAGGAGAGAUUUAGGGCAAGUUCCUUCCUUGUAAAUUAAUUACUCGUGGUUGUAGAUGCAUAUAAAACUGUAAACUGGUAACAUGUCGUGGAAUUUGUAAAUCGCCGGUUUGCUUUGGUGGUUGUUUUCUUGUAUAAAUUUUCAAAUUUAUCUUAUUUUUUAGACAAAAAAUAGGCAGGAGGGCUACCUGGCUCCAUUAUACUCCCUUUUGUACCGAAAUAUAUGUCGUACAGAGGGACUAUAAAUGAACCUAAAUAGUAACGUUCACAUAU